CGAAAGCCAGAGUUGUGUAUAAAUUAAAGCACAAGACGAUUAGCAUCACAUCAUACCGUUUUAAUAAAUGCAAAAAAAAUGCAAAGCUAAUUACACCCAAAACUCUGCGUAUGUUCAAAUUCAUCAAAGAAAUGAUGCAGCACCUAGAACAAGCUUUUUUGCACCAUAACUAAACCUAAUUAUCUCAUGGUUUCAAUUAAAGAAAAAGUGUUCACACAGAGCAAUGCAAGUACACAAGAAUUUGUUCACAAAAAAAUUUACAAUUGCUGAUCAUUUACAAACAUUUACAAAAAAAGAAAGUAGAUUAUCAAUUGCUGAUCAUAUGUAGUUAAAAAAACUACACAUACAAAAGCUCCCAAUCUUUCGAUUCUCCUCCAGAAGAGUACGCCCAAGGGGAAUUUUUUUCUCAAAAACCAUUGCAACAAUCUGACCUGGCUAGAGAGCCAUCCCAAUUCACGACAGAGAAGAAAUCAUGCAAGCAGCGUCGGCGGCUUCGUAAUCUGGCAUCGAUGCGUCCGGCGGCGUGAAAUUAUGGGAGGCAUCAACCUCAUCUCGACCACAAGCAGAGUCGACGGCUUCGUUACCUGGCUUCAAUGCGUAUGGCGUGAAAUUCCGGGUGGCAUCUACCUCAUCUCGACAUUUGUUCCUCUCACUCAUCAAGUUGGUCUUGGUCGGAAAAUGCAUUCACGGCAGAAUAGAUAGAGAGAAUAUGUGGGGAUGAAUGUUUAGAUUUAAUUUUAGAGACAUAAAUGCAUUUAAUUUAAAUUAAUUGCCACAUGGAAUAGCGUGCACGUUAAUGAGCAAGUGACGGGCUCGUUAAAAUUUCUGUAUUUAUUACCCCGUAGUCCGUACUACUCCGUACCCUGCAUACCUGUGAGAGAGCAAUUACACUAUACCUACAGUGAAUCACACGGAUCUGAUUCUCUUCCUUCUUCUCAGCUCCGCCCGAUUCUUCGUAGUCAACCGGAUCCAUCCGCCGCGCCUCCAAGAUGACCGCAAUCAGCAUCCACGUUACAGCGCUUGACGGAAUCAUACACGUCAACUCUCUGUUCACAUUUGCCGUAUUCGUCGGGCUAGCUUGGAACCCUCGAGACCCGAAUAACCGGCUCACUGACGACCCGAAAUGUGAGGCCGGGCCGAAAAUCGCGGAGGAUCUGGUGGCGUUUCACGUAUACUCCUUCGCCUCUUUCCUCUUCUCCAGCCUCAUCGCCAUGUGCAUCAAGCAGCUGACCCGACUGACCGAAGAUGCACAUGUGGAGAUUCACGGCGUUGACAUUGCGGUGGUUGUGAACAAAUACUUGGUCCAGAUCGGGUAUGUAGUUUGCGCCGUGGGUUCGGUUGCAGGCUGUGUUUGUUUGAUGCUUGCUUUGAGAAAUGUGGUUCAGAUCAAGCUCGGGACUUUAGGGUGUGGAAGCCCGCAUACCUCUGCAGCUGUCUACCCACUUUUUAUCUUUGGGAUUGCUGGACUUAUCUUUUAUGUCUUCACCAUUGUAUAUGCUUUUUUUGUUUAGAAAGUCAUUAACAUGCUCCUCCCGGCCGGCUUCGAUUUGUUUACUAACAGGUUGAUUGUGGGUGAGAUUGAUAUGUGUUGUAAACUUGUAACUAAUUGUAUGUAAUUUGGCUCCCGUGGGGGAACCCCACCCCGAUUACCGCCGUUGAUCUCCAUGAAUCGUGAUUGCGGCUGAUUGUGAUCAACGGUUGUGAUGCAUUUGCUUGGGGUGGGGCAGUGCCCCGCAGGGGAUGUAUGUGGUAAUCUGGUAAUUGCAUCUUUUCAUUUCAUUAAUGUCCUUGUGUGUUUGGUUUGAUAGAACAGGCCAACAGGGUAGUAGAAGUUAUAUGACUUCACUCUUCAGGUUUACCAAUGAAUGUGCCUGG